CAAUGCGAUAGCCCCGUGCCGUACACUUAUCUAUAACGUGUCUGAUUAUCUUCCGAUUGUAAAUAGACAAAUCAAGACAAGCGACUGUUUAAAUACGAAGCGUACAGUCACGAGAGGGCUAAACAAUUGGCGACAAGGAUUGAGUGACGAAGAAAUCACAAAAAAACGCCGUGAGUACCUCUGUGGUGACAACUGUGGCGCAGGAAUGGCGACUGUGCCAAACGUUCAGCCGUACAAAAAGGGCGAGGAUUUUGAUCGGUGGCUCCGAGGUUUGGACUACUACUUUGUAGCUAGUGGCAUCAUUAGCCCAGAGCAGAAAAAGGCCACGCUAAUGCACAUCCUGGGGUUGGAUAUUCAAGAUCUGUUCGAGACUCUGGCCGUGGUAGAAACUGAUGAGACUCUAGAUUGCUACAAAGAGGCAUGUCAAAGGCUAAAAAGGUAUUUUAAGCCAAAAACAAACAGAGUAUAUGAAAGAUAUCUCUUCCAUGAGAUGAACCAAGGGCAAGAGACUAUGGAAGAGUUCAUAUCCCGGCUGAGAGUGCAGGCAAGUCGUUGUGGCUUUGCACCUGCUGAGCUUGAUGGUCACAUCUGUGAUCGGGUGAUAUCAGGUUGUCGCGAUAUGGAACUGAAGCAAAGGCUGCUCCAGAAAAGUGAGAUGGACCUGACUGUUGACAAUUUGGUAACAUGGUGUUCAAGUUUCGAAAGGUGCCGUGUGCAAGCAAAGGCCAUGACUGGGCAGCCAGCUGCACUGGAGGCAGACGUCAACUUGGUCCGGCACCGACAAGGAGCAGGAGGUGCACGGGCACAGGAGGGCACCGAACACAACAGACGAGGACCAGGUGCAUCUCGUCAGCCCCAAAGGGCAGACAGGGGUAAGCUAAAAGGCGAAUGCUACCGCUGUGGAAAGCAAGGGCAUUAUGCGAGAGACUGCUACCUGAAAGACAAGGUGACCUGCGGCAAAUGUGGUAAGGUCGGACAUGUGUCUAAAAUGUGCCGUACAAAGCUCGUGAACAAUGUAUCUGACCAGAUAAGUGAGUCUGUAAACUCUGUAGGGCAGCAGGGACCUUAUGGCAUGUAUCAUGUGCAUGAAGUAGGCAGCAGUGAUCACAAAACUAAACCUGUUGUUGUGAGUGUGUCUGUGAAUGGGGUGCAAGUGUCCAUGCAGGUGGACACAGGGGCGUCAUGCUCUGUCAUGGCCCGUGAUGUGUUUGUCUCCCUCUAUGGUGAAUCAGAGCUCCCAAAACUGGGUGAGAAACCUGAUCUGUGUGCUUAUGGGGGGACUCCACUCACAGUCAUUGGACAGGUGUACGUGAAGGUGGCCUACCACGGGCAAACAGAGGUGCUGCCACUGGUGGUAGUGGAGGGCAGUCACGGAUGUCCCACUCUCAUGGGUAGGGAUUGGCUGUGCCAAAUCCGAUUGAACUGGCAUGAGCUCUUCAUGGUCAGUCAGGGGCCGUCUCUCGAAUCGGUGCUGGAAAAGCAUGGAGAGGUAUUCAAACCCCAGCCUCAGGGCUGCAAAGCUGAGGUGUCACUGGUGGUGAAACCUGAUGUACCACCAAAGUUUUUUCCAGCCCGGCCAGUCCCACUAGCUCUCAGAGCUCUGGUUGAUGAGGAGCUGGACAAACAGGUGGAAGCCGGAGUGCUGGUGCCAGUGCACACGGCACAGUGGGCAGCUCCAACAGUCACAAUCCUAAAAUCAGACCAAAAGUCUGUGAGAAUCUGUGGCAGCUAUGACCUGACGGUGAACAAAGCGAUCUGCCUCGACCAGUACCCACUGCCGAGGGUGGAUGAGCUGCUGACAAAACUCUCAGGGGGGCAAUCUUUUUCAAUCCUGGACCUCAAGGCUGCCUAUCUGCAGGUGCCCAUUGACGAGCAGAGUCAGCAGUACACCACAAUCAACACCCACAGGGGUCUGUACGCAGCUAAAAGACUGGUGUAUGGGAUCUCCUCAGCUCCAGCACUCUUUCAGCGUCUCAUGGAGACAACACUGGCUGGGAUCCCUCAUGUGGCUGUCUUUUUAGAUGACAUCUGCAUAACAGGCGCCACAGAGGAAGAGCACCUGAGAAAUUUGGAGGAGGUGCUGAGACGACUGGAGGAAAUGGGUCUCCAGGUCAACAGAGACAAGUGUACCUGGAUGUCGCCCACAGUGACAUACCUGGGGUACAAGGUCAGUCAAAAUGGCAUCGAACCCACAGCUGAGAAAACAAAAGCAGUGCUGGAUGCACCUGAGCCCACAAAUGUGACUGAGCUAAAAAGCUAUCUGGGACUGCUGCUGUACUAUAACAGAUUCUUGGAUAGUGUGGCCACAACAGCAGCACCUUUGUAUGCGCUGCUGAAAAAGGGUGUGCCAUGGGAGUGGGGUGAGGCUCAGGCUGCUGCAUUCCAAAGAACCAAAGAGCUGCUCUGUAAAGCGCCAUGCUUGGCCCAUUAUGAUGUCGACAAACCGUGCGUGGUCAGCGCAGAUGCUAGUCCGUAUGGUGUGGGCGCUGUGCUGUCUCAGGUGGAUAAGGACGGAGUAGAGAGGCCUGUGUACUUCACUUCUCGCACACUCAGCCCAGCAGAAAAGAACUAUAGCCAGAUAGACCGCGAGGGUCUGGCAAUAGUCUUUGCUAUGACCAAGUUCCACAACUUUGUCUACGGUAGACCGGUGGUCAUCAAGACGGACCACAAACCGCUCCUGGGCCUGCUGAGCCCGUCAAAGCCCCUGCCAACCGUGGUCUCACCGCGAGUGGCGCGGUGGAGGGUAACACUGCUCGCCUACCAGUACAGGCUGGAGUAUUCACCGGCGACCAAACAAGCAAACAGUGACGCCCUGAGUCGUCUGCCUCUGGGCGGGCCGGUGGAAGCCGUAGCUCAGCCAGGGGAUGUCAUCCACAUGAUAGAGACAGUAGAGCACAUGGGUGCUAAAGCGGCCCAGAUUAGGGAGUGGUCGGCCAAAGAUCCAGUCAUUUCUUCCGUGAUUCGGUAUGUCCAGUUUGGUUGGCCAGACAAGGUACCUGAGACGAUGGCACCUUACUUCUCGAGGCGAGAGGAGCUCAGUCUGCAGAAUGGCUGUCUCCUGUGGGGUAGCAGAGUGGUGGUGCCGCCGAAAGGGCGGACCAUGCUCCUGAACGUGCUGCACGCAGGACACCCCGGAGUGUGCAGCAUGAAAAGGCUGGCUCGAGGCUACCUCUGGUGGCCAGGACUCGACGCGCAGAUCGAGCAACUGGUGGCAGGCUGUGAAAGCUGCCAGCAGCACAGGCCGCGCCAAAAAGAGGUGCCAAUGUCACCCUGGAGUUUCCCAAGCCGGCCGUGGGAGCGAAUCCACAUAGAUUACGCUGGCCCAGUGGAGGGACGCAUGCUGCUGAUAGUGGUGGACGCAUACUCAAAGUGGAUUGACGUCCACGUCACCACAACCACAUCAGCAGCGGUAACGAUCGAAAAGCUGCGGCAGUCGUUUGCCACUCAUGGGCUGCCAGCAGUGCUGGUCUCUGAUAACGCCUCGGCGUUCACCGGUGAGCAAUUCACCGAAUUCCUGUCCCGGAAUGGAAUCCGGCACAUGCUGUCGCCUCCACGCCACCCCGCUUCAAACGGCCAGGCUGAAGCUGCCGUUAAAGUGGUGAAGGCGGCGCUAGCCAAAGACGGAGGUGGGCCGCUGAGCACGCGGCUUGCGAGAUUUCUGUUGGCCUACAGGGUAAGGCCGCACUCCACCACCGGUAGAGCGCCGUGUGAGCUCUUGAUGAACAGGAUGCUCUCCUCACACUUGGACCUCCUCCGACCUGACCUGCGUCGAGACAUACAGGAGAAGCAGGAAGGGUGGAGAGGCAACAGAGAGCCGAGGACCCGAGCGGCACCUGAACUGACUGUGGGGGAGAGGGUAUAUGUAUCAGAGAUAGAGGGCACAACGGGGCGAUGGUGCAAAGGCACAAUCAUAGGACUCGAGGCGAUGAGCGGAGAUGUGCGUGUCGACGAUGGACGAGUGUUUCGGCGGCAUUUCAACCAUAUCCGCCGUGAUGGUGCAAGGGAGACUGAUCGGUCGUGUGCUGAAGUGCCGAGCGAUCUCACUCACAGAGUGCCACGAGAGCCCAAGGGGCCAGUGAUCGUGCCGCGACCAGUCAGCAGCGCGGCGGCCGAGUCUCCUGCCAGGGCGCAGCCGGCUGCUACGCCGGCCCAGGAGGUCGCCACGGACACCGCCCCGACCGACACCGAGACAGCAGAGGCGGACGCAGCUACCGAGGAGCAGACGCGAGACGCCGAGGAGCAGACGCGAGACGCCGAGGAGCAGCCUGCCCAGGCCACUGCAGGCGCGCGGCGAGACUCGGUGGAGCUGCCACCGCAGGCUCCACUCCGCCGUUCAUCACGACCGCGCGCACCAGUGCAGCGGAUGAACUUGUACAUAAACUGAACGCGAGGGUCCUGUGUAGAAUAGUGAGUGUUUAACUACGUUAAACAUGGGGGAAGAAUUGUUAUAUAUUAGUAGCCCCAACUUAGUAGCGAAAUAGAAUUUAGAUUAAAUUAGUAGAAACCAAGGUAAUUAUUGUGUAUCAGAUAACAGCCCAAAAGUAUGGUGGUAAAAUAUGAUUAAUUAUUGUAACGUUUGGUACAACUCUGUUUAAUUAUUAGUCAUUCGGCCCUAAGUAUGUAAUCACCCCUAGGAUUGCAGUUUUUCCGUUCUUCAAUGCGAUAGCCCCGUGCCGUACACUUAUCUAUAACGUGUCUGAUUAUCUUCCGAUUGUAAAUAGACAAAUCAAGACAAGCGACUGUUUAAAUACGAAGCGUACAGUCACGAGAGGGCUAA